AUGGCGAGUGGCGGCGGUGGCGGCGCCGGCGGCGCGGGGAAGAUGGCGGAUAAGGAGAAGAAGAAGAAGGAGAGCAUAUUGGACCUCUCCAAGUACAUCGACAAGACCAUCCGGGUGAAGUUCCAGGGCGGGCGGGAAGCAAGUGGUGUCUUGAAAGGAUUUGACCCUCUUUUGAACCUUGUGCUGGAUGGUACCAUUGAGUAUAUGCGAGAUCCAGAUGAUCAAUUUAAAUUAACAGAAGACACACGUCAGCUGGGACUUGUGGUUUGCAGAGGGACUUCUGUGGUUCUGAUUUGUCCACAGGAUGGAAUGGAAGCCAUUCCAAACCCUUUCAUUCAGCAGCAAGAUGGCUAAUGCUUCCUUUGGAUUGUCUCUGAAAACUUCGGGAGUGCAAGUCAUUGGAGAAAACUAUCAGUGUGGGAGAAACUUCGUGUUUUGGUGGGGGGGGGUAGUUUGAAUGUCUUUUUGUUAGUGUGAAAAAAGUCACCUUUUGUUUUUGUGGCUUUCAUAGAUGAUGAGAGGAUGGGGAAUGUAAGAAGUAUGUUUUUGUUUUCCUCCCACCCCCAAAUAGUGUGUAACUAUGUUGUUUAGAGCUGACAGAAGAGAACAUAUUGUCAUGAGCUGUCUGAGACCUUCUUGAUCUUGUGAGUUUUGAAACAACCCCAUAAAAUUAGUUAAGAAUGCCCUGAAUAUUGGUUAUAUUCUUUCCAUUUUUUAAAUACAUUAAAAUGUAUUUAAUCAAAAUUAAAAGCCUAAAUACAGUACAACAUGUUUUUCUUCCUCUUAGAUAUCAGUACUCAGCUAGGGAAACAUGUUGUAGUCGUCUGCUGUUGAGUUCAGUCUCUUUUGUGCAGGAAAAUUACUUCCUUGUGUACAUUACCUUUACGAGGGAUGUAGCCAAGAAGGUCUUUUUCAGCAGUGGUUCCAGAACUGGUAGGUUGUGAUCUGUGCAUCAGCAGGCUCACACAUUUCUACAGAAUUUCUUGGAAUUUUAGGGGAAGAAUAUUUAAUACUCUUAACAUUGAUUCAGUAGUAGGUGGCGUCUGGAAGUACUGCAUAUUUUUAUAUUGUAGCUAUCCACAUGUGGUUUUGCUUGUUAUAACUUGAUUUAUAAGUAAACAUUUUUCUUUUAUACUGCAGAAAAUUCAGUAUUUGAGAAGUUUUGAGUGAAUAAAGACAAAUUAAUCUGUUUCUAA